CCCUCCGCGACCACCGCUCCGUCAUAUCACUCUGCCUGUCCUCUUUGGGAACCUGCGAUUCUCUUCACCCCUCUCUCGUACCUAAAGAAGCUUGCGCAUCAAGUCGACGCGCUCUCACCACCAUGGCCGAGUCACAGUCCCCCGCUAUCCCCGAGUCCAAGCCGCGCUCCAGCUCUGUAUCGCAAGCAUCUGAGAAUUCGCAAACAGCAGCGGAGUUCAUCAAGGAGCAGCUCAAUCUCGAGGCUGAAGCUCGCGAGGCCCUCCCUUAUCAAUUCGACACCUGCACGCGCGACCUCGGGCCUCUCCGCCAGGGCCUCUACUCAUGUCUGGAUUGCAAUCCUCCGCCUGUCAACUCCUCCGAUCCAUAUGUCCCCGCCGCCGUCUGCUACGCCUGCUCCAUCUCCUGCCACGGCGAACACACCCUCGUCGAGCUCUUCAACAAGCGCAACUUCGUCUGCGACUGCGGAACCACGCGCCUCCCCGAAACCGCACCAUGCACCCUGCGCAUGAACCCCGCGACUGGCCAGAAAGGAGGUGUGACCGGAGAGGAGCCGGCGAAGAGCAACAAGUACAACCAGAACUUCCGGAACAGGUUCUGCGGCUGCAGCGAGAACUACGAUCCGCAUCAAGAGAAAGGAACCAUGUUCCAGUGCCUUGGGCUCGGAACUGUGGAAGACGGCGGAUGCGGUGAGGACUGGUGGCAUCCCGAGUGCGUAGUUGGACUCACAAGGGAGGAAUUCAAGAAGAGUAUCGAGAAACCGAAGGAUGAGAAAGAAGGGUCUCCCAAGACGAAUGGCAUCAUGAAGGAGGUUAGCGUGACACGAGAGGAGGAAGAUGUCAACGAACACCCUGAUGCACGGAGGCCUUCCAUUGUGACGGCUAUCGCUGCUGGCAUAGCGAACGGCAACGGUGUGGACGGAAACGACAUCGCAGCGCAAGCGGAGGAGCAAGACGAUGAUAAUCCGCCACUUCCUCCUAGUUUUCCUCUAGAAGAGGACUUUGAGUACUUUCUCUGCUACAAAUGCGUCGAGGCGUUCCCCUGGAUCAAGAAGUACGCUGGCGCGCCAGGAUUCCUUCCACCCGUCUACUUCGACGCCAGUCUCAACUCCAGUCUCAACGCCGCUCAAGCGAAGGAAGCACCAGCUGCCGCCAGCGAAACCACAAAUGGCGAGUCCAAGAAACGCAAAGCCGACGACGACGAAGACUUAGCAACCCCAGAAAUCAUGGCCCCUCCCAAACGCCAAAAGUCCGAAGACCCAACCAUAACUCUAUCCGCUAUACCCGAAGACUCCACAACUACCACAACCCUCCCCCUCACACCCAAAAAGCCCGACCCCAACGCCUGCAAACUCCCCUCCCUACCUUCUCUUCCACCCGCAGCCAUAGGGACUCCUUUCUCCCUCUUCCUCCCGCCCUCCUUCCGCACUACUCUCUGCCACUGUAGCGUCUGCUUCCCCCUCCUACGUCCCCACCCCCAACUCCUCGAAGAAGAAGACGUCUACGAGCCGCCGAUGUCCGAAGACGGUAACGACGCCGCGGGCUCGGUGGGCACGGGUUCUCUCCUCGACCGCGGAGAAGCCGCCUUUAAUAAUAUGGACCGCGUACGUGCUAUUCAAGGCGCUAUGGCGUAUGCGCAUUUGAAGGAUGGAUUGAAAGCGUUUUUGAAGCCGUAUGCAGAGAGUGGACAGGCGGUGGGCGCGGAGGAUAUUAAGGCUUAUUUUGAGAAGUUGAGGGGUGAUGCAGAGGGGAUUAAGGAGGCUGCUGGGGGUGCGAAGGUGAGCCGGGAGGAUGGGGAUGGAGACGAUGGGGCUGAGGGUGAUAGUAGGAGAGAGCAGAGUGGGUAUUAAAGGUACCAACGGGUACUAUCUGAAUAGUAGCCGCUUUGCUCACGUUAGAGAUUGGCUUGGGAUACGAAAAGCAUCGGUAUCGUGUACGGUUGAUUGAAAGUAGAAAAUUGGAUACUGAUGAUGGUACGAUGCACCGGAUACUCUACGAGUCCUAAAGACACUGUCUUUAUUCUGAGCACAUGUGUGCCUGAGCUACGUAAACCCGACGAACCGCCCUGGGUAAUACCUGUUCCAAUUCCAAAACAAACGCCGAAACCCAAUGCUCAUGCUAGAAUAUCAUAUGCCGACGCCACCAGCCCCACGACCCUCAGUCUGGGCCCUAGAAAACUGCUGCAGCAACUGCAGCACGCCACCACGGUUGGC